AUGGACACUAGUGCUGAAGAAUUUGAUGGGUCAAAUCAAGAUAACAUGGGUUUUGAUAAGAAGACUGAAGAAUUAUUUCGCUUACUGAAAGAAGUUGAACGUGAGUUAUAUCCUGGAAGUAAGUAUUCACUACAUUCGUUCCUUGUUCGUCUAUUACACUUAAAGCGUCUCAAUGGAUGGAGUAACAAAUCAUUUUCCAUGUUAUUAGAGUUGUUAAAAGAUGUGCUUCCAGAAGGUGAAACACUGCCCAAGUCAUUUUAUGAUUCAAAGAAGAUUAUUAAAGAUUUAGGACUUGAAUAUAAAAAGAUACAUGCAUGUCCAAAUGAUUGUAUGAUUUAUUGGAAUGAGACGAAAGAUAGAACGUCUUGUAAGUUUUGCAAAGCUCUAAGAUACAAACAGUUCAAAGGUGCAUCAGUUAAUUCCAGUUCAGAAACAUCAAAUAUUCCAUCAAAGGUGUUUAGAUAUUUUCCGUUAAUACCACGACUUCAAAGACUAUUUAUGUCAGCUAAAGCAUCUAAUCAAAUGAGAUGGCAUGUUGAAGGUCACACUAGAGAUGGGGUAAUGCGACAUCCUGCAGACGGUAUUGCUUGGAGGAAAUUUGAUGAAGCACAUACAGAUUUUGCUCGAGAUCCUCAAAAUGUUAGACUUGGAUUGGCUUCAGAUGGCUUUAGUCCAUUGUCUAUGUCUAUCUCACAUAGCACAUGGCCUGUUAUCUUGAUUCCAUAUAAUUUGCCACCAUGGUUAUGCAUGAAACAACCAUAUAUGAUAUUAUCAACUAUUAUUGAUGGUCCUCAUGCACCAGAUGGAGCACCUAAACGGUUGACGGGAAUUGAGAUUCUUAAGCAAUUGAAUAAUGUUAAAAACAAGUUUGGUAAAGAUCUAUUGGCCAAAUCUCGUAAAAGGAAAUGGGAUGAUGUUGAUAAUUUGGUGCAAAAUAUAUGGAACAAAAAGAGCAUAUUUUUUGGGUUGGAAUACUGGAAAGACAAUAUGAUUCGUCAUAAUCUUGAUACGAUGCAUAUUGAAAAGAAUGUCUUUGACAAUAUAUUUUGGACAAUUAUUGAAUGUUGA